UUUUCGGUUCUCUCACUCACAUUUACGUGACAGAAGUUGUAUUACUUUUGCAUUGUAAACUUGAAUUAAAAUUUAAUUAACUGCUUAAAUCACGUUUUAUUAAAUAUUAUUAGACUAUUGUCAACACGUAAUUCAUUUUCUUGUAUUAUAUAAAGAGAGAGCAUUUUGCUGAUGUGAUAUUAUAGAAAUGUCAUCAUAUAUGGCAGGUGUUUUUGAUUUGGAUUUAGAUGUGGAUCCUGAUACUGUAAACGUUGGAGAUUCAGACGAGGACGAUAUUAUUGAAGUGGAUGAGGUUGAUUACGAGCCGGAAUUACACGUAAAUAGCAUUGUUGAACAAGAAGGCUCUGAGACAAUUCAACUAUCUGAAGACAAUGUUAACCCAGGUCAAUGCAAACGCCUCGGUCCUCAAGAUUUCGAGCUACGCAAAGUUUUGGGAAAGGGUGGAUAUGGCAAAGUGUUCCAAGUGCGAAAAAUUACAGGAACUGAUGCCGGUGCACAUUUUGCUAUGAAAGUUCUCAAAAAAGCUUCCAUAGUACGAAAUCAAAAAGACACCGCACACACAAAAGCUGAGAGAAAUAUUUUGGAAGCUGUAAAGCACCCAUUUAUAGUGGAAUUAGUAUAUGCUUUCCAAACAGGUGGUAAACUAUACUUAAUUUUAGAAUACUUAAGUGGUGGUGAGCUAUUUAUGCAUCUUGAGAGAGAAGGUAUUUUUCUAGAGGACACAGCUUGCUUUUAUUUAUCAGAAAUUAUAUUGGCACUGGAACAUUUACAUAGUUUAGGCAUAAUUUAUCGAGAUUUGAAACCAGAAAAUGUCCUAUUGGAUGCCCAAGGCCAUGUAAAACUUACAGAUUUUGGAUUAUGUAAAGAACAUAUUCAGGAGGGUAUUGUCACACACACAUUCUGUGGUACCAUUGAAUAUAUGGCACCAGAGAUUCUGACACGAAGUGGUCAUGGAAAAGCUGUGGAUUGGUGGAGUCUGGGAGCACUGAUGUAUGACAUGCUCAUUGGACAGCCUCCAUUCACUGGCGACAAUCGUACAAAGACUAUAGAGAAAAUUUUAAAGGGUAAACUAAUGCUGCCAGCCUACCUAACACAAGACGCUCGCGAACUAAUCCGUCGCCUCAUGAAGCGAUCUGAGACCCAGCGUCUCGGCGCCGCGGGAGCCCAGGCAGUACGCGGUCACGCCUUCUUCAAACAUGUCAACUGGGAGGACGUGUUCUCUCGCAGACUGGAACCUCCUAUUAAACCUAGACUGACUGGUGAAGACGACGUUUCCCAAUUCGACACCCGCUUCACACUGCAGACGCCUAUCGAUUCGCCAGAUGAGUCGACACUCAGCGAAAGUGCCAACCUCAUGUUCCAGGGCUUCACGUACGUGGCGCCAUCAGUGAUGGACGAGAUCCACAAGCCGCGCGUGAUCACCGCGCGCUCGCCGCGGCGCCCGCGCCCGCACCACCACGCCGCCUUCGCCGUGCCGCUCGCCUCCACCGCGCACGCGCACCAGCAAGAAGACCUCAUGGAUGUACAAGGUCUACCUAUAUAGUAAGUACGCCCGACACAAAUAGCUAAAUUGUCAAGGCUGUGUGAGAUCUAGCGCGUAAGCGUUAAGGCCCGUCCAGAUGGGAUGUUCAAAUUGACCAAUUUGUCAGAGAAAAAAACUGGCGUUAAUCUUAUCUAGCGUCCACGCGUAUACAAUUUAAUCGAACAAGUGGAAUCGGCGAGCUAAUUAAAUUUUUGCGUUCAGGCCACCUGAUAAUUUAGCCAGAUUGGGCGAAAAGUUCUCCCGUCUGGGCUGGUCUUUAAACGCGUUGAAUGUAUAUGAAACUGGGUUAUUAAGUCAAAGACGCACGCCGUUACUAAUUGUUAAGAGGAAAGAGGACGGCCGAAUCUCCACACAAACGUAGUUCCCAUUUUCCUCUCUGGAUUUUAUGGAAAAUAUUUUUAGCUCUGCCCCUACGUUUGACUUUUUUCGAUUUUUAGGGUUCCGUACCUCGAAAGGAAAAAACGGAACCCUUAUAGGAUCAGGUCUACUGUCCCUUGGAGAUGUGAAAAAAUCAAACUUCUAAGCCAACGCAAUCUAAAAAUACAGCCGUUUAUGCCGCAAAUUUUCGACACUCGCAAGGGAAUCAAAACCUACAGGGUACUUCCCGUGAACUCAGAAUCUUGAAAUUGGGUACGAAGCAACGUCUUAUAGCACAGAUAAAGGAAAAAUUGCGAAAACCGUAAAUUUCUAGUUACAUCAUAUAAUAAUAUAUACCUACAGGUUUGUACGGAACCCUCGGUGCGCGAGUCCGACUCGCACUUGGCCGGUUUUUUUAAUUAUUAUAAACAGGAGCGUAAAACUGAUUUCAUACAAAAUAAAUGCUUCUAACUCCUAUAAUAAUUAACAAUUCGAAAAAAUCAAACGUGGGCAUAGCUGUGGUUGAUAUACAACAAAUUGUGUUCAAUAAUGUUAAUAUCCAGAGAGGUAAAUAAGGACUACGUUUGUAUAAAAAGGCGAUUCUGCGCUGGUCCUGCACUUUCGUCUUAAAAGUCUUAACUUUUAUUAUUUGUUUAUAAAUUUAAUUUCAUGAUUGGUAUGAUUCAUAGGAAAUUAGCCUGAUCACCGCAGCCCUUAAACUCGUUUGUGCUCUAGCUCUCGCGAAGCCUUUAUAGUGUUUAUUUUCUUCUUUUAUUAAUUAUAAGUAUUUGUAAACUCCUAUAUGGACGACUGUUGUGCCGUUUUUGAUAAUUUGUUUAGUAAACAGUGUCGCUAUUUUUCAAAUAAAAAAAACCAUGUUUAAAUAUGUAAGUAAAGUAUAUUCUAGAUUGUGUUUACCUAUAGAAAUGGAAUAUUCUAACCUUCUAAUCAUAAUCACAAGAAAUAUACCAAAUUAUUACAGAUCAAGGAUCUGUUUUAACAUUCAAAUUCUUUUUUUUUAAAUUAUACUUAAGGUAAGGUGGGGUAAGACUAUGAUCGGGACAAGACAAACACUUGUGUGGAAUCCUUAUAAUGUUAGUCUUGCCCCGAGCAAUAUCAGUAUGUUCGUCUUACCCCAUACCCACCUUUUAAAUAUUUUUAUUGCAUUGCUUAUUUAUACCUGGGCAGGUCUUCAUCAGUUUAAACCGACGUCAUUGUUGUCCUUUGUAUACUUAUUUGUCUAAAAAGGGAACGAUGAAUUGACAAGUGAUAUGAAAUAAGGUGCUGAAUAGGGUGAUAUGAUAAUAAUGCGUCACAACAAGAGUGUAAAUAACAACGACGAGCGGUUCAAAUGUCGAAGGCCCGGCUCCAUGUAAAUUUGGUUAGAAACUACUUUUCUUUAUCGUAAAUUGUUAGUUUAGUAAUUACAUCUAAUUUGUAUUGUCGUCGUAUACUGAGACAGACAUCGCAAUGGUUAGUCUUAUGUUAUUAAAAUAACUUCCGAACUAGGAAAAUGUUAUUUGGCAAGGCGUGACAAACAACUCUUUAAGUUAACCCUUUGACCGCCAAAAAGUGUUGCCUCAGAAAGAACGUUUCCAAAAAUAAACAUCGGCCAAGGGCCAUGCUCAGUGUAGGGUUCCGUAGUUACCAUUCUGUCAGAAUAAGCUAAAGGGGGUCUAUAGGAAGUAUCGUGUACGUUACAAGCAUAAGGGAGUACCUUCGCAGCGCUUAGUACUUAGAGUACUUACUUCUUUUUACUUAGAAGACUUUUUGCAAUAACUCAAAAACGGCCCUGGACCGAUCAUGUUCGCUAUAAUUUUCAUUGAAAGUAUUUAUUAAAAUUUUGUUUUACGAUAUUUUUCAUAUUUUUGGGCCCAUGGUUCAAAAGUGUGAGGGGGUUGGGACACAUUUUUUUCGGAGUGAUUAGUUCCGAAAAUAAUCACUUAAUCAAAAAAACAUUGUGUUUAAGACCCAUAUUCAUUUUGAAAGACCUAUCUAACCAUACCCACACCAACGCCACAGGGUUAAAGCGAAAAAAAAUACACUUUAUAUGGGGGGGGCUACCUCCAAAAAAAAAUGGGGAAUAUAUUUUACCAUUCUGUGGCUAUGCAUGAUUUAUUUAUCAAUGCCAAAUUGCAGCUUUCUAACACUAUUGAUCACACAGCAAAGGUGCGGAAGGACAGACAUGGUGAAACUAUAAAGGUUUCUAGUGGAUUACGGAACCCUAAAAAACCGAUUCAAUAACCUUUUGUCUAGUUUUGAUUUUAAACGCGUAUUUAUAUACCACCAGCAACUUGCAUUGUAUCGCUUUUGGUACAUUUAGCGAGGCACAGACUUGCAUUUGGCAUGCAAUUAUUGGUAUUCAAAGGGUUAAAUUAACUUGGUGUAUGUUGAUUUGGAGUCACGCGACAAUUAUUCUAAGAUGUAGAUAAGUUAUCCUACCUGCAUUAUCAUUAAUAAUCUGAAAUAAAUGCACCGAAAAUAUUGAUGCAUUAGCCUCUUAUAUCUUCCAAAGGUUCGUGUUUCAUAAUUGUAUUAGUGGAUUUCAAAUAUUCUCCACUAUAACCUCACUGUUUAUUUUAAAAUUAAGUACAGCAAGUGAUGAGAUUGGCCAGCAAGAGGAGAAUCAUCGGAAUCCCAGAUUGUAUAGCACUGUUAGGUACAAUCCACGUUGAUAUUUCAAAUAAGUAUUCAGGUUCUGAUAUAGACUGUCUGCGCUGGUCUUCGAGCAACACCGGCUUCCGACACGUCGGAAGGGAGGAGUCCAAGCGAUGUCUUACCGUACAAAUCGUUCUGCCAAUUUUGCGGGGGGAAACGUGCACACAGGCGCACUUCGCACUCACUACAUACAAAAUCCAAUCUGUAAUGACGACACAAAUACAUAGAAAAUGACACACGACAAAGACCAAUCUUGCACACCUCGAUCUCUUUUUGUGUACGAGACACUACACACACCGCGCUAUGGCUAUGCCCAGUUGGGCAUGUGCUUCAUCAGAGGGGAAAUAGGGCUAAUGCCGACUCCCUGCCCGGUGUUGCUCGAAGGCGCUAGUUGAUCAAUAAUUAUGUAUCAGUGCUCUCUGAUUGAGCGUCUAGCGUUGCGCAGUGCUGGCACUAAUGCUCAGCACAAGAGGAUAAUUAGAAAUAAGUAAAACGUGUCCUCCCGCAGGGCCACGGCUGCAGCGCAUUAACAAGAUUACUCGAUUACCGCCCAUGAUACACUCACAGAUAUAAAAUAUUAUUUGUAUUUUCUUAAUAUUAAACGGCACAUUGCCUGGUUCCUUAAAAUAUACUAUUUAAUUUUAUAAAAAUAUUAAAGAGGGCAGAUUAUUAAGGAUUAAUAUUUAACAGUAUCUUGAUUAUAUAUUAUAUGCAUAAUAACUAUUGUGGUAAAUGUGUGAUUAAAUAUCAUUUAAUAUGUAUGCGUGUACUAAUCGAGGGCUUUUGUUUGCAGGCCUAGAAUAAUUCACAUUAGUUGACCAUUUAUACUAAGGAUGAUGAAUUAAACUACAAAGAUGCCCAUGUAAUACUGUCGGUGAAAAUAAUGGUACUGUUUUAUACUAUUAUUAAUGGACAUUUUAUACAAGUUACCGUUUAGUCUAAUAUUUGGGUAGAAUAAUCACGUAUAUUAAAAUGUUCUAACUCCAACUAUAAGACAAAAAUAAUAAUUUACAAUAUAACUUGUUACCAUGCUUCAUGAAUUGAAAUAAAGGUCAUUUUUUAUUUUGUAA